CGGGGCUGCUCCCGCCGCCGCUCCCGAGCCGGUCCCCGCUGCGGCCGCGGUCCCGAGACCCCAGAUCCCUGAGACCCCGGCCCGUGCCCGCGGCCAUGCGGCCCCAGGCGCUGCUGUGUGCCCUCUGCUGCGGCGUCCUGGCCGCGGCCGUCCGCGCCGGCUACUCGGAGAACCGCUGCGGCUGGAGGGGCAGCGGCCUGACCCAGGAGCCCGGCAGCGUGGGGCAGCUGGCCCUGGCCUGUGCUGAGGGCUCGAUCGAGUGGCUGUACCCGGCCGGGGCGCUGCGCGUCGCCCUGGGAGGCCUCGAGCCCGGCGCGCGUCCAUGCGUCACCUGCCUGCGGCCAGCGCGGCCCUUCGCGGGCGCCCAGGUCUUCGCAGAGCGGGCGGGCGGCGACCUGGAGCUGCUGCUGGCCGAGGGCCCGGGCCCGGCCGGGGGCCGCUGCGUACGCUGGGGUCCCGGCGAGCGCCGGGCGCUUUUCCUGCAGGCUACACCGCACCGCGACAUCAGCCGCCGCGUGGCCGCCUUUCGCUUCGAGCUGCGCGAGGACAGCCGUCCGGAGCUGCCCCCGAAGGCCCACGAGCUUGGCGUGGACGGUGCCUGCAGGCCCUGCAGCGACGCUGAACAACUCCUGGUCGCGUGCACCAGUGACUUUGUGAUCCACGGGACCAUCCACGGGGUCACCCACAACACAGAGCUGCAGGAGUCUGUCAUCACUGUGGUGGCCACCCGUGUCCUCCGCCAGACGCUGCCACUGUUCCAGGUGGAGGGCUCUGGGGGCCAGGGGCAGGCCUCCAUUCGCACCCCACUGCGCUGUGGUGUCCACUCUGGUCCAGGGACCUUCCUCUUCAUGGGCUGGGGCCGCUUUGGGGAGGCCUGGCUGGGCUGUGCCCCCCGCUUCCAGGAGUUCAGCCGUGCCUAUGUGGCUGCCCAUGCCGCCCACCUCCACCCCUGCGAGGUGGCACUGGACUGAGGGAACUGGGAGCGACUGCCAGCUGGACCUUCCUCUGGGGCAGGGUGCUGGGGAGGGGCUGGUAGGAAAGCGGGUGGGGUGGCCCCCAGAUGGCAUCAUGGUACCCACUGUUUCUGAACUGAUGAAGAUAAUCAAUGAGAUCACUGAUUAUGUUAGCCACUGUGGACCUGGUCUACUGUGCCUAGCCCA